GGCGCCACUUCCGCUUUUGCAUCACUAUGUCGGAGACUAGCGAGAAGCCGGAAGAGCUGCCGGUUGCUGCGGCUCCCGGCUGUUCUCCUGAGGAGGGGGGCCGAGGGGAAGGUGGGGAGGAAGAAACCUCGGAAAAUGGAGGAGGAGCCGUUGCGGUAGGGGCGCUCGACGCGACUCCCCCCUCGGCUCUUUCCCCGGUGACCGAAGAACCUACGGGAGAUACGAAGAAGAAAAUUGAUGUGUUGCUCAAAGCUGUUGGAGAUACUCCUAUAAUGAAGACCAAGAAAUGGACUGUAGAAAGAACUAGAACAAUACAAAGUCUAAUUGACUUCAUCAAAAAAUUUCUCAAACUUUUGGCAUCUGAACAGCUGUUUAUUUAUGUGAAUCAGUCCUUUGCUCCUUCACCAGAUCAGGAGGUUGGAACACUAUAUGAGUGUUUUGGAAGCGAUGGCAAACUUGUAUUGCAUUAUUGUAAAACUCAAGCCUGGGGAUGAAUUAAUAGCUAUAGUUGCUUAAGACUAUUAGAUAGUGGAUUGGCUAAAAUAAUCUUCAGAGACAUUCCCCAUGGACAAACGGAAGAAAUAUCUGCACUACUACUUUUUUUCUUCUUCUCUUUUCUCUGUGUCAGCAUAGGAGAAAAGUACAGAAACACAUACUGAAGAAUGUUUAUAGUACAAUUUCUUUGAUGAUUUUCUUGCAGAAAUUAAUCUGCCAUCUUUACAGCUGAAUUUAGCAUUUAUUGUUCCAAGACUUGGCAUGUCUGUUUCUGGGAAACAGGUUCAUGCCUGAUGUGGAGAGUACAUUUCACCAAAGCUGUGUGGAGUUUACGGUCUCGCUCUUUGAAGGAACUUUAUUGUACAUGGAAAGCUUAAAGCAUCUACAUCUGAGAUAAAUGGAUGCAUUUUCUAUUUGGUCUUGUCUGUGAUUCUUUAUUUUAAAUGCAAUUUAUCACACACUCUAAAUCAAACAUGGCAGUAAAUGUUCUCACCUUCAUGUAUUUCUCAGUAUGUGCUGAUGAGCACAACUCUGGUCUACACACCCUCUAUUAUAAAACUUCAUUUCAACUUA